AAAGGGAGGCAGGCGCAGGCUGGGGCGGGGAGCAGCAGCAGCACCAAGUGGACGGGAGGGGUGUCGAGGGCGGACGGACGGACGGCUCGGGGGCGCAGGCAGGUCGGUCUCCGCAAAACCCUCUCCUUGUUCCGCAGCGCUGUGAUUUGGACUGCCGAGUGCACCCGGCUCCGGCUGCUCUUUCCCGGGUGAAGGCAGCUGCCCUUCCCUUUCGGCCACCACCAUGUCCAACGUGCACCUCUCCAGCGCCUCGGCUUUGGAGCGCCUGGCUGCUCGCCGGACUUUCCCGCUGCACGCUCGCACUGGGGUCUGCAGGAACCUCUUUGGCCCCGUGGAUCACGAUGAGCUCAACCGGGAGCUGCAAAGCAAGCUGCGGGAGAUUUGCGAGGAUGACCAGAGGCGCUGGGACUACAAUUUCCAGACCGAGGCGCCCCUGGCCGGCCCGGGCAGGCUGCAGUGGGAAGAGGUGGAGGGCGACUCCGUGCCUGCCUUUUACCGGGAGACCCUGCAGGUCGGAAGGUGCCGCUUCCCGGUGCUGGUCGUUCGAACCAAGCCGCCGCCGCCGGGCAUCGCCGACGUGCCCAUUGCGACGGAGCCCAGAGACUCUCCGCAGGAGUUGGGGCUUCCUUCUGCUUUGCCUGCCCCCGCUAACCCGCAGGGCAAGGCUACAGCCUUGGCCGGUACCGUGGCGGUGGCCGAGGAACACCUUAACCAGGAGAACCGGGCCGGUCAACUGAACCACCUCUCAGGGAUUAUACUGAAGCCUGUCCCGCGCACGGCUGCGGCUCUGAAAAGAGCAUCUUCGACUGGCGUAGCUCACAUCACAGAUUUCUUCGCCAAGCGGAAAAGAGUCGUAGACUCGAAAGUGGCCGGGGAUCUUCCUAGCGCGUUGCCAGCCUCAAUCUCUGCUGUCCCCACGGAGCAGACGCCCCGGAAAAGGCUCCGAUGAACCAGAUUUUGCACUACAGCACAGAAGCGCCAUUUCCUUGGACUUUGGAAACGUAGAGCUUGAGAAGCCUUCCUCUGCCCACAUUCAAGGGACCCGCAGAAGAGACCAGAGUUGGGAAGAAGAGCUGCCUGUCUUGUGUUUUCUCUCUUCUCCCACUCUCCGCCCCAGAAGGAACUGCUUGUACCUCUAUGUAGCAAAAGUGGCUCUGACUACAAGCCACCUGACGGAGCAGUGUUAAUUUACAACUGUGCAAUUUAUUAUUUUUUAUAUAAAAUGUAUUAUGCCUAAUGUGAGUACACUGGCCUGAAGUGUAAAAGCUUUAAAGUCAUUUAUAUAAAAAUGUUUAAUCUCUGCUGAUUUCUCAGUGCAAAAAAUGUAUAUUUGUAAAAAAGCAAACAACUUAAGAGUUAUACUAACUUAUAUUUUCUAUUUAUGGCAAAAAGGCGGAUAACUUCGGUUGACACCCAGUAGUCUGUUAUUUGUGUGUGGUGGUUUUUUUUCCUUAUUUGGUUAAGCCAAAGGGCACUAUAUUUGCUUUUUUGUUAUUUACAAAAAAUGUAAAUUUAUUUUUAUAGUGGGUUUUUUGCAUUCACAAAAUGUAGCUAUGAAUCAAAAUUUCUUUAGUUAUUACUUGAAAAUAAUUAAAUCUGAUACAAUGGUUCCUGAGCCGGACUGUACCACUGCCAUUACAAACUUCUGCCACAAUGUUAAAAUAAAAAGGAAUCUAAUUUCA